AUGCGCGUCUCCGCCGCCAUUCGAACCCUAGUGCCGGCCGAUGGAGCUGCUCCCUCUCGGUUGCCCUCUGUCACCUGUUCCAUUCUCUCCACCCUCCAGACGCUGCCACCGCCGGAGCGUCCGUCGGGUGUUCGUGUGAAAGACUUGUGUGCUCUGUUUCCGCCGCCGCCGUCGACGCUCGACCCCUUCGCCGCCCAUCUGAGCGCCGGCCUUGUGAUGGAGGUGAUCAGUUCCCCGCAGUGCCAGAAGAACCCCCUGCCGGCCCUCCAGUUCUUCCGUUGGGCCGCCGCCCGCUUCUCACCCACCGCCGCCUGCUACGCCGCCGUUGUCGACCUUCUGCUAUCCCAUCAGCUGUUCUCCGCCGCCGAGUCCCUCCUCUCCGCAGUCGCCGCGUCCUCCGCCUGGCCGACCCACCACGACUUCCUCGCUGCCAAGUUCAUUGCCCGCUUCGGCGAUCUCGGCGACAUCCGCGGCGCCAUCGACUGGUUUCAGCGCCGCCGGGGCUCUCUGGGUCGCUACUCCCAUGGCGCCAUCCUCAGGGUCCUGGUGCGGGCCAACCGGGUCCAGCUCGCGCGAGCGGUCUUCGAUCAGAUCGUGGAGGAUGGACGGGUCGAGCCGGACGUCACCGCCUGCACCACCCUGAUCCGCGGCUACUGCAAGCUUGGUCUCUUGGCGGAGGCGGAGGAAAUCUUCCAGGCGAUGAGCUGCCGCCCCAAUCUCGUCACCUACAACACCCUCAUCGACGGGUACUGCAGGAAGGGGAUGAUGGGCUCCGCCAGAAGCACCGUGGAUUUGAUGUUACAGAGGGAGGACUGCUCCCCCGACGCCGUCACCUUCACCAUCCUGAUCAGCGGGUUCAGCAGACUGGGGGAGCCGGCGAAGGCGAGGAGCUGCCUGGAAGAGAUGGUCCGCCGGUGGAACCUGCAGCCGAAUCUGCAGACCUACAACGCCGUCAUCAGCGGGCUCUGCGCCGCCGGGGACGUGAAGGCGGCCUCCGACAUGAUGGCGCGGAUGCGCCUGGACGCCAUCAAGACCGACGUGAUCACCCACACUUGCCUGGUGAAGGGGCUCUGCGCCGCCGGGCGUCCCGACGAGGGGGCGGAGCACCUGCGGGAAAUCGCCCUGAAGGGGACGGAGCUCGAUUCCAUGGCGUACGGUCCGGUCGUCAAGGAGUACUGCCGGGUAGGGCGGUUGGGGGACGCCAUGGGAGCUCUGGACGAGAUGAGGAGCAGGAACAUCGCGCCGCACGUCUCACUCUUCAACGCGCUGCUGGCGGCGCUGGCGGAGAAUGGGGAGCUGGGCAAGGCGGCGUGGCUGCUAAGGGAGAUGCCGAGGAGGGGCUGCCGGCCCAACUUCCUCUCCUACAGCUUCGUGAUUGCAGGGCUCUGUAGGAGGCCGGGAAGGAUGGGGGAGGUGGAAGAGCUGGUCGCCGCGCUGAGGAGGGCCGGGCACCGGCCGGAUGCGGGCAUGUACGGCGCGGUGAUGGACGGGCUCUGCAGCGAGGGGGAGCUGGCCAUGGCGGCGACGGUCUUCCGGGAAGCGGUGGCGGAGGGCCUCGCCGUAAGGGAGGCCGCCUUCGAGGGCCUCGUGAAGGGAAUAUGCUCCCUGGGGGGGCAGGCCCAGGCGAGGAAACUGUUCGACGAAAUGCGCACCCAGCUCCCUAAGCUACAGACUGGGGCAUACCGGAGGAUUCUGGAGAGCCAUUUGCAUCGGUAA